CGAUCGUUCGAUAAAAAACGUCUAUGAAUAAGGGGGUUAGACUCUACAAGCCAAAAUCCGGCUAGAGCCACUGCGAGAACAAGAUGUUUUACCGUUAAAAAAAACAGUCACGUAAUGGAUGCUAUUCAAGCGGUUUAUCUAAUAUCGGUCAGUGUGUGGUCGAUAGCCAGGUCUACCUCACGUGUGUUACAAUGAUUAUUAAUUUUGUACUUGUGUUCCAAUUGUUCUUGUUAUGUGCGAGCGCUGAGUCUGUGCCGACGCUGAAAUUACUCGACGGCAGGGACAUCCCGGCAAUAGCUCUGGGCACAUGGCUUGGAAAUGGCACGCAGGGUCGUAUCGAAGCUGCUUCCAAUGAAGUAGAGCUGGCGGUAUCGUGGGCAAUAGAUGCAGGAUACAAACAUAUAGACACGGCCUUCGCUUACAAGAUCGAGGAUCAAGUCGGAAGAGCUGUGACUAAGAAGAUACAGGAAGGAACCAAGAGAGAGGAUCUCUUUAUCACAACCAAGCUAUGGAACGACGCACACGCACAAGACGCCGUGGUACCCGCGCUCAGAAGGUCUCUUGAAAAACUGAACUUGGACUAUGUCGACCUUUAUUUAAUUCACUGGCCUGUUGGACAGUUUAAUAACCUCUCGUAUGACUUUACGGACUACGUCGACACCUGGCGAGGGAUGAUGCAGGCGAAGGCGCUCGGCCUGGCCAAGUCCAUAGGCGUAUCCAACUUCAACGAGCAGCAGAUCGACAGACUCCUUGAAAACGGGCUGGAGAAGCCAGCCGUGUUGCAGGUUGAGAUCAACCUGAAUCUACAGCAGCCGUCGUUGCUAUCAUACUGCCGUCGCCAAGGCAUCGUGGUGAUGGGGUACACACCCUUCGGCUCGCUGUUCCCGCAGAAGGCGCUACCGGAAGCGCCGCCUCCGCGAGUCGACGACCCGGCGCUAAUCGCUAUUGCGCAGAAAUACAAUAAGACUGUGCCGCAGGUCGCUUUAAGAUAUAUUGUGGAACUGGGCGUGAUACCGAUCCCCAAGUCGUUGCACAAAGACCGCAUAGAGCAGAACAUCCAAGUGUUCGACUUCUCAUUAACUCAGGAAGAGCGCGACGUACUGAAAGCCUUCGACAAGCACUACAGAACGAUCCCGCAGUGGAAGUGGCUCGACCACCCUUACUAUCCCUUCGAGAAGAGACAGAAAGAUCUUGUUAACUAGAUUGGGUGGAAAUAAAUGUUAGUGUUAUUUUCAUGUUUUCUUUUCUUUGUACAUUGAAACAUAACAAUUAUCAUAGAAUACAAUUUAUAGAAUCUGAAA